GCGGUUCGAACAGUGCGGGCCCGGGUAGGGCUCUAGCGUUAGUCGCUUCGGGCUGCAGCUAGGCCCCAGGGUUUUCCUUACAGCCUUCCUGCCCGCACCGCAGUGUGAGGAGACCUGCUUGGAAUCAAUGGUUUUCUGGGGGAAACUUCCAGCAAGUCCGAGAGAAAGCCCACGGGCGGCCGGAGAGAACGGAAAGCUAGCCUUGCAUUUCCGUGCUGGAGAUCAGGAUUUUGUGAGGCUCUUCUACUCCUUUUUCAAGUCCCUUGUGGGCAAGGAUGUAGUCGUGGAACUCAAGAAUGACCUCAGCAUCUGUGGAACCCUCCACUCUGUGGACCAGUACCUCAAUAUCAAACUAACUGACAUCAGUGUCACAGACCCCGAGAAAUACCCACACAUGUUAUCAGUCAAGAACUGCUUCAUCAGGGGCUCCGUCGUCCGCUAUGUGCAGCUGCCGGCUGAUGAGGUGGACACACAACUGCUACAGGAUGCGGCAAGGAAGGAAGCCCUGCAGCAGAAGCAGUGAUGGCACUGUUCCCCUCCCCCUCUCCUCCCCAUUGGUGACCCCUAACUUGCUGGGACGCCCCUGCCCAAUACUUACAGUGUGUUUUGUUUUGUUAAUUAUUGUUUUUUCUUUUUAACUGAACGGGUGAGAGAGAAUUCCUCUGUUGAGAAGGGAAGCUAUGAGAGCCAGGAAUUGGAGAAUGUUCCUGGAUGGCCUCAGUCUGUACCUUUUUCUCACCUCUGGAGAUGGGAGCUGCAUCCUAGGCCCUUCCAUGGCGACAUGUAAUACAUUUGAGGGAUGGGAAGAUCUGUCCCGCAUCGGGAAUAAAACUUAUGAUGCCAACUGAA